UGACAGUCCUUCAGUUACAACCAUGGCGGACAAAGAUGGGAAAAUCCGCCUCCGUCUGGCCGAAGACAUCAUCGAUGACCAGGUGGGCGGAGCCGGCUGGACGUACCUGGACAUCGCGCUACCGGUGGACGAGUACUCCCCUAAAACUGUCCUGGUCAAAACACCGAAGUGCGACCCACAGGGAAACAUCGUUCUCGAACCCAAGGCUAGACAGAAGACCAGAAACUAUCUCGUUCCCAAGGACCCCAGCGCGGAGGAUCUUCUAGACAAAGUCUCCGUCCAGGCCUACCCGAAGAAGGCGUCUUGGAAACAGACGUACAACUUAAAGAGAAGCGUGAGCGGUAACGUCAGUAUCAAGGUAGUGGAGGCUGUAGGCUUCUCGGCUGAGGGCAGCAAAACGACCAAGCGUUAUGUGGAGACCACCUGUACCGAUCUGGAGCACAGAAGUGUGGAUAUAGAAGACCUGAGGAACGCGCUGUGUGCUCUGUCGGCCCAGACCAGCGCAGAGGGGAUGAGGGACGAGACCAGCUUCCUGGUGGUCACCGACGUGCUGGUCGCGAAGGACGUCAGCAUCGUGGAGACACAGGACGCAAAGCACGACGGGAAGGUCAGCGUCGACGCUAACAUCCACGGAGUGGGUAUUGAGGCUGGAGGUGGCACUACUAAAGAGACGGCUACUAGCCUGGAACGCAGCAACACCGGAGGCAUCAUUCUCGCCAUCAAACUGGCCCGAGUCCAUUAUGACGAUCAAGGCACCAUAGACAGAGCCGGUGUGCUGGCUGGAGGGAGUUACGAUGGGCACUACACCCUGGGCUCCGGUAACAAGGACAGGGAGCGGCAUUACACCGUGACCACACUGGCCAGGCCCAUAGGCGAGACAAAGGACAAGUUCGACAUCAACGUGAGUCUUCUCGGGCGACAGAACAGCACAGAGGUCAAGGUGCCACAGGACGUCUGCGAAACCGGGCUGCAUCAAACCAGGAAAAGCCUCCCCACUGGCUCCAAACUGCUGCCAUUAAAAGGGAUCCAGGUGUCCAAGCUGAAGAAAAAGAGAAACUUCCUCUCUCGCAUGAAACAUCUGUUUUCCUCAGACGAAGAAGAUGACGUCACGCUAUCCAAGGUACUGGUGACAGACCUGGAGCAGGACCAAACCUACAUCUGCCCCUGUAGCGAGGAAAAGGCCGUUACCGACGACAGGAGUCUGUGGUUUGACUGUAGGCAGUGGAGAGAAGAGGUUGCUGAAAACGAGUUUCAAGUGACUGUUUGGGGCAACUCUUACUCCGUGUGCGAAGAAGAUCCGAUCGUUCGCGUCUAUGGUGACCGAGAAUGCGAGGACGGCCAAAUCAGUUGGACCAACCCCGAGGCUGAAAAAGAACCAAUAGUAGACUUUGCCAAGGCAGCCCGUACCUUCAAGGACUACGGGAUCAAAGCUAACGCCGUCAUCGAACUCAAGGGGAGUCCCGGUAAUUGCACCCUGCCGUCGGUAGUCAGGACGGGGACGUGUGCUCUUGAUUUGACCUUCGAGUCCUGUCAAGUGACCCUGCGCGUUGGGGAGGAUGAGCGCAUCCACACGCUACCGGACAAGGUGCUGUCACUGUUGGAUGUGUAUCAUGGAUACCAGAAGGUGACAGACCAUCAAAGACUUGAUGACCUUCGUCUGUUGUGGGACAACAUGAUUUUCAUUGGAGAAGCCCCGGCAGAUCCAAACAAAUUUGUCUUCAAGAUGCAAGACGUAAAUCCUGAUGUCACAGGGCUUGAGAUCCAGGUGACUGUACCGGAGAGCAAGCUGAAGAUGUCUGUCCAGAAAGAUGACAACGUAGACGACAUCAUGCGUAGGCUGCGCAGGGUGUAUGCUCGGAUGAACGUGGUGCAUGACGGGAAGGUGAUAACGGACCUGACCCAAACGUACCGUCAACUGGGAAUCCAGGUCACUGCGCAUGUGCAACUGCAGUCUUGGGACCCAGAGAACCCACCCGCUGUACCAACUCUUGAAGAAGUCGAAGAGAUCGAGGAGGCAAUAGAGUCACUGAUACAAGAACUUCAGGGAGUUGAACAGGGGAAUGAGGAUUCAGACACUGAAAGUGAAGAGCUCAUUACGAAGGAGCAGACAGAAGAACAGAACGUCUGGUCCACCGUUCGCCGUAUCCUGUGGCGUCACUUGGAGCUCCGGGCCGGAGACCCCGACAUCCCGCCCGGGGCCCUGGCGAUGCUGAUCCGGGCGGUGGGGGAGGACACCGUGGCGGGGGAGGUCUUACAGACCAUCCUGGAGGCCGCACUGGAGCGGCAGGGGGAAGGGGGCACGGAGGAGGCAACAGGCGGGGCUGAGGGGGCUCAGUAGGGCGGAUAACGUACCCAGCCAUUUUGUUCAUUUAGUAUACCGAUCUUUCUACAAACGUAUCUGACAUAUAUACGGAGAAAAAUGUAGUGUUAGAUAUAUAUAAAGUGCUUUGGAGUAAGACAAAGUAGAUAUGUGAUA